CAGUAAAGCAUAAUAAAAUUCAGAACACUUAAAGAUGGAUGAAGAACCAGAAAGAACCAAGCGGUGGGAAGGUGGCUAUGAAAGAACAUGGGAGGUUCUCAAGGAGGACGAGUCAGGAUCCCUAAAAGCCACAAUAGAUGAAAUUUUAUUUAAAGAUAAAAGAAAAAGAGUUUUUGAGCAUCGUGGACAAGUUAGACUUGGAAUGAUGCGUCACUUGUAUGUGAUCAUUGAUGGGUCAAGAACAAUGGAAGAUCAUGAUCUGAAACCUAACAGGCUCGCAUGCACACUGAAAAUGUUGGAAUAUUUUGCGGAUGAAUAUUUUGAUCAAAACCCUAUAAGUCAGAUUGGCCUCAUUAUCACAAGAAAUAAACGAGCUGAGAAGCUAACAGAGCUUGCUGGUAAUCCCAGACAGCACAUAGCUGCCCUGAAGAAGGCUGUAGACAUGAGCUGCAGUGGCGAGCCAUCUCUUUACAACUCUCUCAACCUUGCUCUGCAGACACUGAAACACAUGCCUGGCCAUACCAGCCGUGAGAUCCUGGUGAUUUUUAGCAGCUUGACAACAUGUGAUCCAUCCAAUAUAUAUGAUAUGAUAAAGUGCCUGAAGGACAGUAAAAUCCGGGUAUCUGUCAUAGGUCUCUCUGCUGAGGUUCGGGUCUGCACUGUGCUCACUCGAGAAACUGGUGGCGUCUAUCAGAUCAUCCUGGAUGAGAGUCACUACAAGGAGCUCCUAAUGCAUCACAUCAGUCCACCUCCAGCAAAUAACAGUUCUGAAUGUUCUCUGAUACGGAUGGGCUUCCCUCAGCAUACAGUCGGUUUCCUGUCUGAUCAAGAUGCAAAGCCUUCUUUCAGUAUGGCGCACCUGGAUAGCACUAAUGAGCCCGGCCUGACUUUAGGAGGCUACUUCUGCCCACAGUGUAAAGCAAAGUACACUGAGCUCCCAGUGGAAUGCAAAGUCUGCCGCCUUACUUUAGUGUCUGCUCCGCACUUAGCACGGUCGUACCACCAUCUUUUCCCAUUAGAUGCUUUCAGGGAAGUUCCUCUUGCAGAAUAUAAAGGGAAAAAGUAUUGUCGAGGCUGUGAUGGAGAGAUAAAAGAUCUUCAGGUUUACAUUUGCAAGGUGUGUCAGUGUGUCUUCUGUGUGGACUGUGACCUGUUUAUUCAUGAUUCUCUGCAUUGUUGUCCUGGAUGCAUUCACGCACAGCCAAACCCUACCGUAGUAUGAUAUCACCAUCUCUAUGGAUCAAGUCACCUGCUUUUAAAGAAAAGCAAUAUGUGGACUGUGCCGAUUUCUGUCAAUGAAAAUAGACAUUAAUGCUUUAAGAUUGUGUAAUUAAUGGGUCAGUCCAACCAAAAGAGAUAUCUUAAGUAGAGGUGGAAAUGAAG